CAUAAUGUUAUGAGAUUGGUGGCAGGACCCAUAUACAUGUAUUACCCUGGACACAUGCCAGUACUGCUGAUAACAGAUGUGGAGAUGGUGAAGGAAAUAGGGCUAUGCACAUCUUUGAAUCUAGGAAAGCCUUCCUACUUAUCCAAGGAUAAGAAAGCUCUACUAGGCCAAGAAAAAAAGCUAACAUUACUCACUUCAAAUGGCCUCAUUUGGGCUUACCAACGAAAGAUCAUCGCUCCCGAGUUCUACCUUGACAAGGUUAAGGUAAAUCUUCUCCUAAAGAUUGUUAUUAGUACAUUUCAUCAAUUAUGCAUGUUUAGCUCUCAUACUUGUUCACCCAACUCAAUUUUGAAGGGCAUGGUGAGCCUAAUGGUGGAUUCUACAACCUCCAUGCUAAGCUCUUGGGAAAGCCUAAUUGAUGGGAGAGGAGUUGCGGAUAUUCGGGUUGAUGAUGAUUUAAGAAGCUUGUCUGCAGAUAUAAUCUCAAGAGCUUGUUUUGGAAGCAAUUAUUCCAAAGGACGACAAAUAUUUUCAAAGAUUAGAACUCUUCAAGUGAUCUUGUCCAAGGGAGGUUUACACAUCGGCCUUCCUGGCUUAAUUUACAUACCAACCAAAAGCAACAGAGAGAUAUGGAGACUGGAGAAGGAGAUCGAUUCCAUGAUAUUGAAGGUAGUGAAAGAACGCAUUGAGACCACACAAGAGAAGGAUCUUCUGCAGAUGAUUCUUGAUGCUGCUAAAACUUAUGGGGAUGAAGAUAAAUUAUCGACAAACGUGGCUGCAGACAGGUUCAUAAUAGAUAACUGCAAGACAAUAUACUUUGCGGGCCAUGAGACCACUGCCACAGCUGCUUCAAUGGCCUUGGUGCUGUUGGCUGCAUAUCUGGACUGGCAAGCUCGCGCUCGUGCUGAGGUGCUUGAAACUUGCAGUGAUGGAGUUCCAGAUGCUGAUAUGCUUCGCAGAAUGAAAAUGUUAACCAUGGUGGUUCAAGAGACGUUGCGCCUUUAUCCACCAGGUACAUUUGUGGUAAGAGAAGCUCUACAAGAUAUGAAGAUUAGAGACCUUGUAAUUCCCAGAGGUGUAAGCUUUUGGGUCCCAAUACCGGUGCUGCAUCAGGAUCCAGAGCUAUGGGGGCCUGACGCACAUCAGUUCAAUCCCGAGAGGUUCAGCCAUGGAACGGCUGGAGCUUGCAAGAACCCGCAGGCUUACAUGCCAUUCGGAGUAGGGCCUCGUGUCUGUGUUGGCCAGCACUUGGCCAUGAUAGAACUGAAGCUGAUUUCUGAAUGGAUUCUUCAAAUUGCAUCUUUUUCAUAAGUUUGAAUCCGUCCUCUCGGUCCAAACCAAUGCCUAUAAGUUGCUGUAAUCUUGUUGGG